AUGAAGAGAGUAUUUGGUGCUAAAAAAGAGAAAGAACCACCACCUUCCAUUCAAGAUGCAUCAGACAGGAUUAAUCAAAGAGGUGAUACAGUAGAGGACAAGAUCAAGAAGCUAGAUGCAGAACUUGCUAGAUACAAAGAACAGAUUAAAAAGACAAGACCUGGACCUGCUCAAGAGGCUGUUAAAGCUAGAGCUAUGAGGGUUCUAAAGCAAAAGAAAAUGUAUGAAGGACAGCGUGAUAUGCUCUAUAACCAGACAUACAACCUUGAUCAAGUUGCAUUUGCUUCUGAAGGAAUUAAAGAUGCUCAACAAACUAUGACAGCUUUGAAAUCUGCCAACAAAGAAUUGAAAGGGAUGAUGAAAACUGUGAAGAUUCAAGAUAUAGAUAACUUGCAAGAUGAGAUGAUGGACUUGAUGGAUGUGAGUAAUGAAAUUCAAGAGACCUUGGGUAGAAGCUAUAAUGUGCCAGAUGAUAUUGAUGAGGAAGAACUCAUGGGUGAACUUGAUGCUCUGGAAGCAGACAUGGGAAUGGAAACUGAAUCUGAAGGUGUGCCUUCUUAUCUGCAACCAGAUAAGGAAUCUGGUCUUGAUUCAGAACUGAACUUGCCGUCAGCACCCACAGGACAUGCAGCACCUGCUGACAGGUCCAAUUCCCAGGCUGAGGAUGAACUGGGCCUACCUGCUGUCCCUCGGGCAUCGCUUCGUGGUUAG